AAUAACCGUUUUUCAAUAAGAGUCAUGAACACACGUGGGUUCUUAUCUCCGGUUUUUCAGGUUAUAUUUAUCUGCGGACAUCGAUGACAGCGACGAGUAGUGGUUGUGCUAGAAACUAAAUAUGUCUUCAAAAAGCCAUACUCCCACCACUGAAAUUAGAGGUAGUUUCCAGACCUGUAUGUAAGAACAUGCGCGUUUCGAGGUUAGCGGUUCAAAACAAGUUCAAAAAGCAACGGCUGUGAGAUUAGCGGAGUAAAAUCCUUGGCAUGACAUUGCGAUAUCCUCUCGCCCUCGAAGAGAAGUUGAAUUUAAUUAGUCGCAUUUGUGUAACGUAAAAACUGCAAUCUCGCACGCGAUCAGACUUUCGGGUUAAGUGCGUGUGACAUUGUAUAUCUCAGCGUCGCAAACUCCGCGAUGGUUUAAUAGCCGAGUUUCAUUACUGAAGGGCGUGUUGUUGUCUAAAUUACUCGUGUAACGAUCAUCACAAAUUUCUGAGAAGCGAUAGUCAUGUCGGGAAAACCGGACAGUAAGAAAAUCUCAAGACCAAAGGUUAGCUUCCGUCAGUCUGAGCAGGAUGAAGAGGAGACUGUUAAACAAUCUAAAGAGAAAGCUACUCAACAGUCAGAAGGUCCAAAGAUUAGGAGCGUCGUGACUCUUCACGCGCCUGUUAGAAUCGUGAAUCCUGAGAAAGCAACAGGUGCCGGUGACAAAGGGGCAUGCUCGAGUGAGCGUAAGGCGGACAGCUCGACACACACGGGCGAUACUGCAUCUGAAAAUGCUCCAGAUACGUCACAGGCUGUCAAAGAUGCGGCAAGAACUGGAGAAAUGUGUCACGCGAGUGACGUCAAAGAGAAGCACGAUGUAUCGCAACUUAGCAAGACACUAGAUAACAUUGUGAAGAAUUAUACGAACUUGCAGCAGAAGGGAAAGGAAAAGAUGAAGGAUACGUCGAAAGGAGCUGCGAAACUGCAGCCUGUACCCAUACCAAGAGUUGCAAAACUAGGGAAACCACCAGCGACUAGAGCUGAAGCUCCUAAGGCAAAAUCUGCCACACCGUCAUUGCAAUCUAGUCAUAUGCCAUAUUACAAGAUGUUGGUAAAAAAUAAGCCAUUUUCCGUUAAAACUAAUGUAAAAAAUCCACAUGUCAAAGAUGAACCGGAACUAUUGGAAGAAUUCUUGCAUCUCAUAUUGCCUUGGCACAAAAAUUAUCGUACUGAGGAGUUUGAAUCUGGGCGACAUUAUGUUGGGCAAUCGUUGGAACAUCCGAAAUGUAAUUCCAUCGUGUGCAUCGCUGACAAACUGAAGAAGCUCGAGCAGCAGAAGAUUAGCGCAGAUAUAAAUCACUUGUCACCUUUAGAAAAGACUAUUUUAAAUGGAAAGAUCUCAACAGCACUGGAUUUUAAGUUGGAUGAAGCGAUUUACAAAGACUUGGUGAACUUGUCCUUGGAUGAGGAAAUGUUUCCACGCGCUGUUACAAGAACCAAGGAUCCCGAACCACGACAAAAGGAUAUUAUGCCAAAACUUUCAGACUUCUUUAUUCCUGAAGCAAUGAAGGAGCAGUGCGAGGCCGUACAUGUGAAACCGCGUCCACCGAAAAUCGAUGAGAAUUGGAACGCUUUUCGAAUUAGCGCGAAGAUACUUGAAUGGAGAUACAAUUUGGAUGAUCUAGAUGAAGUAGCGUAGUUAUUAAAUUAUGUGAGUAAUGUGCAGCAACAGAAUUAUUUAGGAUGGCGUAUAAAUACAGUUGUUCUUAGCACUACGGUGCAAUUUCUAUUUUUGAUACAUUGUAACAUAUAAAAAUAAAUUAUUUUUGGCUAGCAA